AUGACGACAAUUCCCGUUACUCCUGACAGCCGCAUUGCAGCAGAACUUCUAGGACUGAGAUCCCUGCCUGAGGCGCUUCAGGUGCUUCAAUAUUCUACUUCUGAGUACGACGAAAAGUCUACCAUCUACAUUGAACGAGGAUGGCCCGUUCCUCAGAACAUAGAACCUGAAGAUGACCCUGACUUUGAAGACUUCGAAGAAAUUCUUGAAACUUUUGGAGACGAAGAAGAAUCAUUGCGCUUCACGGACUGGGGUACAGCAGAGCGGCACCAAGACUUUAUACAUUCUUCACGCAGCCGCUUCUGGUCGUGUGAAGCUCUUGACAUGGUUGAGACAGCUUUCCAUGCAUCAAACAAGAGUUGGACGGUUGACGUUUGUGGCUACUGUGGCGCCAUGUUUACCAAUCCAGCAGAUUGGAAACAUCGACGUAAUCACAUUGUGCAAACACACGGCUUCGGCAAGUGUAAAGAAGCAAAGAGGUUCUACAGCGCCGAUCACUUCCGCCAGCACAUCAAGGAUUGGCACGCAGGCACGAGUGGUAUCUGGACAGAUGAAAUCGUAACGGCAUGCAUGCGUGAACCACCAUCACGGAAUCGGGCGUGGCUGAGGAAACCCUUUAGUAGUCCUGGCCAUGAGGACGGUGAAGAAGAUGAAGACGCAUUUGCUAAUGGAAUCGACUCUUCUGAUUCGGAGGAUGAUGAUGCUUAUGCGAGCGAUGAGUCUUUAACGAACAAACUCAAGGAAAUGUUCCGUCAGGCCACCCUACAGCCCAGACCCAUCACCACGAUACAGGAUGAGGAUAAAGUACCUCCUGUAGAUAAUCAAAAGUUCGAAGGAACAUACGACGAAGAAGCGUGA